GCUCGGAAACACGACCAGCGCAACAGUGAGAGGACGCACAGUGACAAUGAACCUGAGUCUCCCUGACCAGAACAUGCACAACUCAGCUGAAGGCCUCGAAGACGACAAGCCUGAGGUCAUGYUGCCCUGCUUUCGUAGGAACGUUUACGACGAGCCUCUGGCCUCUUACUCAAACGGGUCCAUCAUCUCUCAGCUCCUCCGCAAGACGAUCCACARCAGAAGGGCCCUGGAUGAAAGCCACUUCUACCUCUCCAGCUCCACGGCUGCCGACUCUGGUCAAGAGGACCAGAGCAGUGUCUCCUCAAAGGACAGCAUAGUGGAGGGGGCCGAAUCCCCCAGCAACCCUGUCUCCACAGGAGCCGGCCCAGAAGGUGAGCAUCCUGUGACGGAUCACCUUCAGGCCAAAAGAGCCAGAGUAGAAAACAUCAUCAGGGUCAUGGCUGGCUCUCCCAACAGCCGGCAGCAUGGAGACAGCGAGAGGUCUGACACAGAGAUCAGAGACUCCAGGGAGGCCAGAGAAUCCCUCAGAGAGAACAAACGGAAGCAAAGGUUGCCUCAGCAUCAGGAGCACAGUCCUGCAGGUGGGCAGAUGAACAGGAAACUCGGGGGCGGCGGCAGCGGCGGUGAUACCAGCGACAACAAGGAAAAGGAAUGCCACAAGUUGAAAGAGCAGCUGCACAGCAUGCAAAUGCUCCUGCAUCAACUCCAAGAGAAGUUUCUGCACGUUUACAGCCAGAAAAAUCUCCAAUAUGAAAGCAGAAACGCGACAGAAGUCRAUUCUGAGCACGAUUUCCUGGGAGAAAACGUCGAGUCGUACGUAAACAGCGAGUGGGAUUUUGAGAGGAGCAGCAGCAUGGUGACUCUGGACUGUAAGGAGAAGGAUYUGGUUCAGGGAAGUGAAAGUCAGAAUUUGCAGGAAACCCUGAAACAGGAGCUCUCCAGUGCCAUCAAUGAUUGUGUGGACAGGGUGUUCAAGAAAGUGUCUUCCACAGGGCUGGACUUGUCCCCUCAGCAGCGUGUGUGCUCGUCACCAGAGAUGCAGAUUAGAGACGGGAAGAUCCAGAUGACUGACUCCACUCGUGACGAGUCCCAGGUUGAGGAGGUCAUAGCAAAGUCUCAGUCAUCAGAGURCUAUGAAAAGUCAGAGGAUCAAAGCACACAGGACCAGACAGAGGCKCUUUCACUGGUGGUCCGCAAGCCAAACGUGACCCCCGUGAGCUCAGUCACGCCGGCUGUGAAAAGGCCCUACCCCRUGCACCACGCACCUUUCCAGUUCAGCUACACGACCCCGCUGCACGAGAGCCACAUCCUGGAGCACCUUCUCAARUACGGGCCCCAUUCUAGCUUUGGAGCUCUCCCUUGCAUGCCCCCGUCGAUGGACAGGACCUCCCCAGACACGAUGAACCUCUCCUGGGACACGGUCGCCAUGAGGUCUAAGGUGACAUCCAGCCACUUCGGCCACCACCCUCGUUCCUCCUCCAUGGGGGCGUUGGCCGUCGAUAACCUGUGUCUCCCUCACGUCAAGAUGGAGAGCGGGGAACUGCAGAGCAUGGCUGAACGAAACCCCUACAUGUCYCUCAAUAUCCAGGAGGGUCUCACUCCGAGUCAUCUGAAGAAGGCGAAGCUCAUGUUCUUCUACACACGCUACCCCAGCUCCAACGUGCUGAAAACCUUCUUCCCUGAUGUCAAGUUCAAUCGCUGCAUCACCUCUCAGCUGAUCAAGUGGUUCAGUAACUUCAGGGAGUUCUAUUACAUCCAGAUGGAGAAGUUCGCCCGCCAGGCCAUCGUUGACGGCGUCACUGACAUCAAAGACAUUACCGUCAGCAGGGACUCCGAACUCUUCCGGGCACUGAACAUGCACUACAACAAAGCCAAUGAUUUUCACGUUCCUGACAGAUUCCUCGAGGUCGCCGAGCURACUCUGCAUGAAUUUUACAACGCCAUUUCUGCAGCCAAAGAUUCUGACCCCUCUUGGAAAAAGGCCAUUUACAAGGUCAUCUGUAAGCUGGACAGUGACAUCCCCGAGGAGUUCAAGACAUCUUCCUACUUGUAGAUUGCAACAAAAAUGAGAUGUACAGAUGAAUGGAUGGGUGAUUCCUUUCUUUUCUUUCUUUUUUUUUUUGUAAAUUGAGAUCCUUUCUCUUCUUGUAGUGCAUUUUAGUGAGGUAAUUUACAGAUUUGUUUUUGUUUAAAAAAGUUGGCUCAUACAUAUGCACGCACACACACACACACACACACACACA